CCUGACCCCGUGUACCCGCAGCUGGCCGACAGCGAGUUCUCCCCCGUCUUCCGUCUCCUGACCAUCUUCGCCUACGGCACCUAUGCGGACUACCUGGCUGAAGCAGCGAACCUCCCUCCCUUGACAGAGGCUCAGAAGAACAAACUGAGGCACCUGUCAGUCGUCACACUGGCUGCCAAGAUCAAGUGCAUCCCCUACUCAGUGCUGCUGGAGCAGUUACAGCUGAAGAAUGUCCGGCAACUGGAGGACCUCGUGAUUGAGGCUGUGUAUGCAGAUGUCCUGCGAGGGAGCUUGGAUCAGCGGAACCAGCGCCUGGAGGUGGAUUACAGCAUUGGGAGGGACAUCCGGAGGGAGGAGCUAAGCACCAUCACCCGCACAUUGCAGGAGUGGUGCCAGGGCUGCGAGGUUGUCUUGUCGGGCAUUGAAGAACAGGUUAGCCGGGCCAACCAACAUAAAGAACAACAGCUGGCACUUAAGCAGCAGAUAGAGAGUGAGGUGGCAAACCUGAAGAAGACCAUUAAAGUGACAACAGCAGCCGCCGCAGCAGCCACAUCCCAAGACCCGGAACAGCACCUAACAGAGCUCAGGGAGCCGGCCCCUGGCACCAACCAGCGCCAGGCGAGCAAGAAAACUUCCAAAGCCAAAGGGCUCCGGGGCAGUGCGAAGAUUUGGUCUAAAUCAAACUAGUUGGAUCUCCCUUCACAACUGGGAGGGUGAGAGGAAGAGAUUUGGGGGAUGGAGGGGUAGCAAGGGUCCCAAGUGUGAUGCUUCCGAACUCUUCUCUGAAAUCCAUCUUGCCAACUAAUUCUCCUGCAUGUUUGUUCUCUUUCCUAUCUUCUUUACUGACUUUCCAAGCAGUGUCUCCCUCCUUUUCCAUCACAGCAUUUCACUGAGCUUCCAGUUGUAUACGUUGCUGUUUCCCCUACCACUCAAGCCCCCAUCACCACGGCCACGUGUUUCUCUCUUUCUCUCUCCCUGUCUUUUGACAGGUCAAUUUAAAGAGCCAUAAAACUGUCAGUCACCUUCGCACCCACAGGGCAUCACAGAAGCUUGAAAAGAGUGCGGUGGUGCUCAGCAAUCAUUUUGGCUCUAUGAGACCCCUGGGAUUCUUUGCUCCAGGAUGCAGCUGCCAUCUUUGAUUGUUUAAUCUUUGUUUUGCUAGGUGGGAGGGUAGUUUUUGAAGGGAUUCUUUUAAAAUAUAUAUAAAUAUAUUAUAAAUAUAUAUAAAACAAUAAAAAAUAUAGAUCUAUGGACAUAUC